AUGGCACCCAGAGACGCGCCCAAUCAAUCGAGCUUGAGAAUCCCAGCCCAGAAGCCCGGGUCCGCGCGCCCAUCUCCGGCACAACGGCCGGCUUUUCCGCAGAAGCCGUCGGAUAUUCGUCAGACGAAGGAGUAUAAGCUUGCUGCGCGGCGGUGGACUUCGACGAUUGUCGCGUUGCCGAUUGUUAUGUAUACGUCCUGGAUUCUGUAUGAGCGAGUAUACGGCGAUAAAGCGCCCAAGAAAUUGAACGACCCGCCAUCAUCGUCUUCCUCCUCAUGA